UAACAGCAAGAUGUAAAUCCGGAGGGAAAUUUGAGAAAAAAUACCAACGAUCUCUAAAAACGAUUCGAAUAACGAAGGACUUUUUCUUUUCAAUCGAAUAACUCGGUCAAAUUAUCCGGAGAAUCAAGGAUUUUUCGUGACUCGAGGUUCAAAAAAUCUUCGAAUCUUCACAAUGGACGAAAAAGUCAUUGAUUCCAUUUUUUCCGGCUCCCUUAAGUCCCUUCCACCGGUGAGCUCGAAAAUUGUCAGGAUUUUUACAAGCUCGACGUUUACUGACACUACGAUGGAAAGGAACACUUUGAUGGCGCAGUGCUACCCGAAAUUGAAGGAUUACUGCAGAGAGAAGCACGGUCUGGAGUUUCAGGUGGUCGACAUGAGGUGGGGUGUGAGAGACGAGGCAACGGACGAUCACAUGACCACUGAGUUGUGCAUGCGUGAGAUCGAGAACUGCCAGCGAUUGUCGAUGGGCCCAAAUUUCGUGGUUUUUCUCGGUCAAAAGUACGGCUACAGACCGAUUCCCACUUACGUUUUGAGCUCGGAGCUCGAGAUGCUGAGGAACGAGCUCGACAGUCAGGGAAUGGAUGUCGAAGUGUUGGACACUUGGUACAAAAAAGAUAGCAAUGCCGUGCCACCAACGAGCGUUCUGCAGCCGAUUUCAUCGAUUCUCAAAAAUUUCAACAACAAACGAAUACCGAAACUUCAGCAAGAAGAUCAAGCAAUUUGGUGGGACACGAUGCUCAAGAUGCAAAAAUUGUUUCGCAAGGGUGCUCAGUCGCUCUACAACAACGGAAAAUUCGACAAGGACACAAUGCACAAUUAUUUCAUGUCUGUUACCGAACGUGAAGUCAUAAACGGUUUGCUGAACGUGAAAAACACGAAGAACCACGUGCUCGCUUACGUUCGUUACAUAAAUAACAUAAAUUUACAAAACUUGAGAAAAGCCGGACUUUUUCUCGACAUCGCGAACAGGAGUCUCGACAACGAGGCCUCGAGAUUGCUGGCUGAUUUGAGGGACGUGAGAAUGCCAAAUAAGAUUGAAAGUGCCAACUUGCAGAGGUAUACGGUCGAGUGGAUCGGAAGGGAAGGUCUCGAUCCCGAAACCCACAGUGAAUAUUUGCAACAUUUCAUAACCCAUUUUUACCGCAAUAUGGUGAAGCUGGUCGAUCGUGCUAUGAGAAAGGAGGACAGUUCGGCACAGGGGCAGAUGAUAACUGAACUGUUGCAGCAUUUGCACGCUUGUAACAAUUCCGUGAGGGUGUUUUACGGUCGCGAGGAUUCUCUCGUGAAAAUCAAAAGCCACAUGCUCGACGAGAACGAAAAACCUUUGGUUCUCUACGGCGAGGGAGGCUGCGGGAAAACGUCACUUUUGGCGAAAAGUGCUGGACUGAGCAGCAGCACUUGGCUCGUUGGGAGGAAGCCCAUCAGCAUUAUUCGAUAUUUGGGAACGACUCCGGACAGCAGCGCUCUGACUCCGACUCUCAUAUCAAUCUGUCAGCAAAUAUCGUACAAUUUCAUGCUGCCCUUCGAAGAGAUUCCCGACGACUUGGUGCCUCUGACGGCUUAUUUCAAGCAUCUCCUGACCCUGGCGACCCCCGAACAACCGAUUUUACUGUUCCUCGACAGCGUCGAUCAGCUGACCGGCACCCAGGGCAAUAAACUGUCCUGGUUACCAACGAGGCUUCCACCGAAUUGCAAAAUGAUCUUAUCCUGCGCUGCUGAAGAAUCGAAUCCGGUAAUUUCCAGGGAUUAUCAUCUUCUUCGUCGCAUGAUCGAUACCGAAAAUUGUUUCAUCGAAGUUACAGCCCUUGGCGAAGAACUGGCCAUGGACGUGAUCAAAAUGUGGAUGAAAACGGCGCACCGGGACCUGAACAAUUAUCAGUGGCGUUUGGUCGCAAACGCAAUUUCAAAGUGUUCGUUGCCAAUAUUCGUGAAGCUGGUAUUUGCGGAGAUUUGUCGCUGGCGAAGUUACACGAAGCCAGCAGACACGCACUUGGCGAGUACAGUGAUGGACAGCAUAAUGAUGCUGUUCGAGAGGAUUGAAAAGCAGCAUGGAAAAAUAUUAGUUUUCCAUGCACUCGCGUACAUAACGGCAGCGAAGUCGGGAUUGUCGGAGUCGGAGCUCGAGGAUUUGAUAUCCCUCGACGACAAGGUACUCGACGACGUUUAUCAGUACCACUUGCCGCCGGUGCGUCGAAUUCCGCCGCUUCUCUGGACCCGGAUUCGCAACGAUUUGCCGAAUUAUUUGAGCGAGAGAGAGGCCGAUGGAGUGAGCGUUUUGAAUUGGUAUCAUCGUCAGUUCCGGGACACGGCCAAGGAAAGAUACUUCAAAAAUAUGAACAUGGCGAUGUACUUUCACUCGAUGAUCGCUGAUUAUUAUCUCGGCAUUUGGGGCGGUGGAAUACCGAAGCCUUUCAAAUACACGGAAAUCCAGAGGCACAGAUUCAAUUUGACCGACAAGGAGGGCGUCGCCGACAGAAAAGUGCCGGAGCAGCCCCUCGCUUUUUACUCGAAGGAGGGAAAAAUCUCGAGAUACAAUUUACGAAAGUUCGGUGAAUUGCCGUAUCAUCUCAUCAGGUCCAGAAGAUUCAACGACCUCUUCGAAAACGUUUUGUUCAAUUACGAGUGGCUACACGCGAAGCUCAGUUCUUGUCCCCUCCAGGCAGUGCUUUCCGACUUCGAGGACGCCUGCAACAACAUCGAGGAUCAGAAUUUAGUGAGGGAAUUGAUGCUGGUUGCCGAUGCGCUGCGAUUGGGUGGCGCCAUCCUCGGAAACCAUCCAAAUAUGCUUGCUCCUCAAUUGAUCGGUCGCUUGUUACCGGAAAUCGGCUGCAACGUCAACGUUCGAAUGCUCCUGCGAGCUUGCGACAACGACGGUGUGAAAGAUUGCGCUCUGCUGCCGCUCUAUCACUGUCUCCAUACGCCCGGCGGACCCCUGAAGUACUCGUUGGAAGGUCACCAGUUCGCGGUUUUCGGAUUUUGCCUGACCUCGGAUUACCGGUACGUGGUUUCGAUAUCGAACAGAUUCAUCACCUGGGAUCUGAGCACGAGCGACAUGACUCGCGACGUCAAUCCAGGAAUCGAAGGAAUCAUGCAGCAGUUGGUGUUGAGUCCGGACAAUCGUUACGCCGCGGCCUCAACGACAAACGAUCAAAUAGUCAUUCUGAACACCCUCACGAGCGAGUUCGUCAUCGUCGAUAAUCCGCUUCCGGAAGAUGAAAAAGUCUGCGGCGUUCAUCUGAUGAACCAGUACGCUUUCAUCCACGGUAAAAGCGAAUGGUGCAGGUUCGAUCUUCGGGGCAAUUUAUUGUCGAAACACACCAGUCCGGAGGACUCGAAUCAGUGGCAAAUCUUACUCGUCGAGUACACGAAUCUCGAGGAUUACAGAAUUAUUUUUUGGUCCGGGAGUCUCGAUGAUUCGGAAAUGCUAUUGCACACCUACAGGAAAAAAGUGUCGUUGGAUCCGCUGAGAUUUCACAGUGCCAUGGUUUUGACGAGGGACAAAAAAAUUCUGUUUGCCUGUACGACGAAAAACAAUUCUCGUAUCACGAAAUACGUAGCCGAGGACGGAUCUUCGUAUUGGGAAAAGUUGACCGAUAUGCCAAGAGCUCACAACGACGAUACCGAAUACAUAUUGCAACUGAAACUAGACCGGGACGAGGAAACUCUUCUUGCUACAACUGGGAAUGGAUUUGUCGUGUGGAUACUCGAGCACAAGAGUGAUGCUGCUGUUUUAUCUUUGCCCAACGGUGUUAGAAACAUCAGUACUAAGAUGCUCACCUCAAACUCCAUAAUGGUCAGCGGUAAAAAAAAUUAUGCUGUCGCCGGAGUCAGGAAAAAUCUCUACGUCUGGAGCCUCGAAACGUGCGAACUCGUCAAAAUUCUAGAUGCCCAUUUCGCAAGGAUCAUUCAACUCGAGGCUCUGACGAUUGGCAAUUGGAACAGUGUCAUUACGUCGAGCAUAGAUCGAAGUGUCAAAGUGUGGAACAUUGACAAUAUUUUCGAGCAGGUCCACGUCAUCGACAGACACGAGCUCCAAAUCGAUUCAAUAUGUUUAGCCGAAGGCUGCAGUCUCGCUGUGACUGUAACGAGAGGCUGUGUCGGAGUUUGGGAUUUGCAGGCAGGAAAAUUGGUCUCCAAACUAGCGGAUAGUCCAUUGGGUGCCAUUGUUACUCACGCAGCAAUAACUCACGAUGGAAAAUUCAUCGUAUCGACCGAAUCGGGGAAUGUUUUGAUAUGGAAUCGAAUAACCGAGCAAGUGUUAUUCAAAGAGGAACAGCCAGGAGUUCGUCAGUUAACUUUGUUCCAAGAGUCCACUAAGUUUUUGGCAGUAUCUCGACCGAGCAAUCCUCCGGGAGUCGAAUGUAUGCGUACAACGGCAACUUUGAUAGUGAGAAGCAUUCCAGAUGGCAGAAGUUUAUUCUCGUUGGAAUAUCCAGUGAGAAGUCACACCGGAAUUCCUUUCCGUCCGGUCGUCCUCACUUCGGACGGCUCUUUCUUCGCUAUCCCAUCAGCUGACAAAGGGAGCCGUGAUUGCGUCAUUAUUUACAGCACCAAAAAUGGCGCUCUUGUCAAUAAAAUUCCCAUCAAGUUGCCCGGCUUCAAAGAAAUUGUCAGCAUCGUACCAAUGCCCAAUAAAGCACACUGGAUCGGCAUCAUUGGACCGGACAAAGGCAGCAUCAUGGAUAUCAAUAAGAAAAAAAUCAUUAGAUCCAUCCCAAAGUGGAGCGGGAAUAUCAGCAAAGAUGGGAAAUACACUCUUUAUGCGCCAAGCAGAGGAGGACUCGAACUAAUAGAGUUGAAAAAGGGGACAACUGUCAAAACAUAUAUUCCAAAAGUUGCUGAAGGAGUGUUCACUGUGAUUUCCAUGUUCAAUAGGACCGAUGAAUAUGUUCUGUAUUAUCACAGUGGAAGGAAAACUAUAAGGGUUUUCAGAUCAUCAGAUUGUGAACUGAUAGCAAAUUAUCGAGUUCAAGCAGAACUAAGCGCAGUUGACAGCACUUACGACGGUCGUGGAAUUGUUUUGGGUACGGUAGAUGGUUGUGUCUCUGUACUGGCCAUAGCUGAUCCCCAAAAGCCAGAAAUGAAGGAUUAUCUCAAAAAUUUACCAUCGCGUGACGAGCAGUGGAAAAAGAAAAUGGAGAAGCAGCGGGCGGCGAUAAAAUUUAAAGCUGCAGCGCGAAUAGCUCGAGUGACUCACGAUCUGACGAAUGCUGUGAGAGCUGCGAACAUGGAAGUAGAAAAUGGAGAGGAAACUGAUAAAGAAUUAGAAUAG